AUGUCUGUUACCGCCAACCUCGGAAAGCUCGAGCAGAAAGCGGCCACUAUUCUUGCAGUUGCCUUACCUCUUUCCCUUCUCAUCUUCACUCACCGACGAGAACUCAUACCACUCUAUGGAUCCACGCCAACGUCCUUCCUGCUCGACAAAAUAAUCUUUGCGGCCGUGAUAUUGUCCUCCAUCCACCCAUUCUCGAUACCGCCUCGAUGGGUACUCCUUGCCACAGGAAUUGCGCUCACAGCUGCGCCGAAUGUAACCUAUUAUAUGGCAGUUUGGACUGCCAGGAAGAAGGAUCCUGUAUGGGGACCUGCUGUUACUCACGCGUGCUCGUUGGGCCCGAUAGUUUUUCUGCUGACGACGUUUGUCGCUGAGAUGAAUGAUCUAGACUCGGAGCCCCAGUCUAAAGGUGAUAAAGCGAGCACAGGACGAUCUCCGCUUUCCCUUCGCCUAAUCCGAGGAACAAUGUGCCAUCUCAUCUCAUAUACCUUGUCCCAACGUCUAUGGGCCGGGCUUCCCCUCCUCUACACCAUCUCUGACAGCCAAAUUUAUUUGGCAAUAGCAGGUGCAUUUUAUGCUUUAUAUAUCGCGUCUUGGCCAAUCCAAAGCGUCAAACGCCUUCCAAGGAAGAAGAAAAUUCAAGCGACCUCUUCCUUAUCCGCCUUUCAACUCAAAGGCUUCUUACUGGCUGCCUUCGCUGCGUUCUGGUGGACCGCUCAUCCCCUGUUUGCAAAUCCAAUUCUUCCGCAUCCUUUGAAGGAGGUCUACACGCAUCCGUCAUACAACCUGCAAAUACUCUCUGCCGAGCAAUCCGUCACUGGACUGAUUCAAGUUGCAGAAUGGCUCCCGCCUGAAGCAGACAACGGAAACGACCAGGAAAUGCAUUCUGCCCGCUAUCUACGUGCAGACCACUCCAUUCUUGGUGGUGUGUGGACCCGCGAUAGGGUGCAAGUUCUGGACGACGAUAAACCCCUUCAAGAUUCAUUUGGCAGCCCUCUCGGUGACUCCAUUUAUAGCACUUUCAUCAUACAGGAGACGGUCCGACUUGUUAAUAGUACGCAAGUUGGGAAGGCGGACAAGUGGAAGAAUGCUCUUGUCAUUGGCCUGGGGAUUGGCACUUCUGCGACUUCAUUAAUGCGCCACGAUAUUUCGACGACUAUUGUGGAAAUUGACCCUGCUGUUUACAAAGCUGCUAGAACCUACUUCGGACUCCCCGACCCAGGACCUGGUCAAGUAUUCCUUGAGGAUGCACGGGCGUGGGUUACGGAGAAGCAAGCCAAGAUCGAAGCAGGAAAGCAGGAAACUCUUUUCGAUAUUGUGAUCCACGACUGCUUCUCUGGUGGCGGAGUCCCAAAGCACAUAUUCACUCUUCAGUUCUGGGAACAGUUGAAAACUUUAAUGGCGCCGGAGGGUGUUCUUGUCGUUAACUUCGCUGGAAUAUUGAGGUCAAGCUCCUCUCGGCUUGUGAUUCACACGCUGGAGAGAAGCUUCAAGCAGUGCCGGGCCUUCCAUGAUGUUUUCGACGCGCUGCCGGAUGAAAAAUACGAUACAGAGUUUAUCAACAUGGUUAUCUUCUGCACUCAAGCCGAGUCGCCAUUGACAUUCCGUACGACAAAAAAAUCAGAUUGGCUUGGGUCGCCCUUACGUCGACACGUCUUCCAAAAUUUACUGUCCAGAGAGGUCAAUCUCACGUCAAUAAGAGACCCAACGGCAGGCGACGGAUACAUUUUGACUGAUAAAACAAACCCUUUGGGGACCCUCCAAGCAGAACAAGGGAGCCACCAUUGGUCUGUGAUGCGUCAGGUGCUUGGAGAUGUUCAUUGGGAAACCUACUAA